UCAUCAACAUAGUUGCGCUGCUUCUCGGAGUGUUAUUCAAGUGCAGCUGAGGAAAUUCAUUGAGAUAAAUCGAACGGACGAAAAAAAAAUAAGGAAAAUGUCAUUUCAUUAGGUGUCCACGUGUCCCAUAAUCAUCCAUCAAAAUUCAAUCAUAAGAUACAGAAAUGAUUAUUCAGAGGGAUUGAAAUAUAUUCUUAACCUAACUUCAUCUUUUGACGGGACAACCGGAGGAAAUAUAAAAAAGAUCAUGAUGUCGAAUGGGAUGCCGAGCUCUAGCCAUGAGGAUUCAAACACAUUGAGGCAACAAACAACAACAAAUGGUGCAUCAACAUCAUCAACUCUGAAAUCACCGCUGAUGAAAUUGUCCUCGUAUGUUUUGGCAGUUCGUCCUUGGUCUCUCAGUGCAUCACUGAUGCCAACACUUCUGGGUGCAGCACUGGCCUACCGUUUAACUGGACUCGAUAAUUUCAGUUUAAUAUCAUUUGUUCUAACCCUGCAAACGAUAUUAUCAGUGCAUGGAGCUGGAAACGUAGUAAAUACAUAUUUUGAUUACAUAAUGGGUGUUGACAGUGGUGGUAAAAGUGACGACAGAAUACUGGUCGACAAGUUAUUAUCUAAAGACGAAUUAGUAUCAUUAGGCACAAUACUUUACGCGUCUGGAUGUCUUGGUUUCGUACUUCUAACAACAAUAUCACCGGCUAAAAUGGAACAUCUGGCGCUUGUAUUCUUCGGUGGUCUGUCAUCAUCAUUCCUGUAUACCGGUGGUAUUGGACUCAAGUAUAUUGCACUCGGUGACGUACUUAUACUUGUAAUAUUCGGCCCAAUUUCUGUAUUAUUCGCUUUUAUGGCGCAAACUGGUUACAUUAAAUGGGGUACAAUCUACUAUGCGAUACCAUUGGCACUCAAUACUGAGGCCAUAUUGCACAGUAAUAAUACUCGCGAUCUCGAGAAUGACAGGCGAGCUGGAAUUGUAACUUUGGCCAUUCUUAUUGGUCGCACUGCAUCACACGUUUUAUACGCUUUUUUACUAUUUACACCGUACAUAACGCUCGUUGUACUUGCACUUAGGUAUUCGGUAUGGUUUCUACUGCCACUCGUUACCCUACCGACUGCAUUCAAAAUUGAGAAACAAUUCAGAAAUCCACUGACGAUACAGAGUGUUCCUAAGCAAACAGCAAUGCUCAAUGUGUUUCUCGGGAUACUUUACGUACUUUCUUGUCUCCUCGUCGAGCCACUUCCUCAUUUGUAACUUUAUUUUCUUCUUAUCAUUACCUGUUUUUUAAUUUUUAUCAAACCGAUUGCUCGUGACAUUGUAAUAACGACAUUAUUAUUUAGACAUUAGAGUCAAUGUGAUGCAUAAUAUCGAAGUCGAUCGGUUUGUUAUAACGACAAAAAGUUACGGAAGGGAGGAAAUCUCAAGAGUCGAUGGCAAGAGGUAAUCGAUAAAUUGAUAGAGAACAAUUUGUCUUUGGAAUGUUUUUGUAUGUCCAUUUUUAUGAUUACCAAGGGGAAAUUGUCGAAUAAAAUAUUUUUCAUCGACUCGCACUGGAGAAGUACUUGGAUUUAUUUUUUAUUUAUGAUUUUGGAGCAUUUGUUUUUGUUUUAGUUCGUAGCUCGGAUGUCAUUCGAUCUUGAUAUUGUCUGUGAAAAAUUCACCAUGACCGUCUGAUCAAAGCGAUCCUAUAUUAUGAUAAUGGAAGAAUGCAAAGUGAAACGUGGAGGUGCCAGUAACUGACAAAUAAUAAUUUUACGAACACUGCAAUUGAUCAUAUCGGGUUUUAUAUUGAAUUUAAUAUGAGUCUGAUAAAACAUAAAUCAUGUGCAGACGCAGCUAACAUACACUCAGGUUUCAUUUUCCAUUGAAAUGUAUUUAUUAUCUCAUCUUAUUGUAUCAUUUAAACUAUGGAAAUAACUUCCGGACUAAAAUCUGUGUGGGGAAUGUACAGAUUAAGGAGGAAGGGACAAUAGUAGAUGAAUAUAUUCAGUAGAAUUUUUUAUUCUCAAAAAUAAGAGGAGGAGAAAUUCAUACAGCAAAUUUUUACUUGCAGUACGGUAAAUGUAGAUAGAUCGAUAUCGAUGGGCUCUGAGGAUCAAGCAAAAGAGGAUAGAAUAUCCAGCUGUAUAAUUAGAACAGAGCAGCUUCUUCCCCCGAAAUAUUUAUGUAAUUAAAAGGUGGAGCGAGGUGCAAAAAUCUGUGUCAAUUCACGCUUUAGAGAAAGCAAUCCCCAUUGUCUUGAUGUGUAUAUUUUUUUUUUGCUGUACUCGAAUGUAAUUCGCGUCAUCAUCUUAACAUCCAUGAAAAUUGACAAAACAUUAACCGAUCUGCAUCUCAAAUCAGUUUAACAAAUCAAUAAUUAAAUCUUCAAAUUGAAAGAAUUCAUCGUCAAAAGAUCAUAUUGUUACUGAUAGGAAUAAGAUAAUUGGAAGAAAUAUUUCAAUAAAUUGUAUGACCAGGAAGUCUUGUAAUUGUUGCUGUUCAUUAAUAUAUCAAAAUUAUUACGAAAA